ACCGCCAUGAUGUUUUUCGAGUGGAGAGCUAGCUAACCAGUUAGUUUAGCUCCCAGAGCUGAGGACUACAGUUGAAAGGAGAUGCUGGGGAUGGGAUGUAUGUACUAUCGUCCCUACGUUGUAUAUAUUUGUCUAUAGCCAAAGCGGAAUGUGUCGUCUCACUCCCCAUACGUGUUAGUGCUGCUGGUGGUGGGGGGGCUGCGUUGACAAAUUAUUUAAAAGAACGAGAACGACUGCUUUUCGUCCCAGUUUGGAAGAUUAACGCUAGCAGGCUGUUUUAGUGGUUUAUACUAGCUAGCUCCUCCUUUCUGUCCCAACGUCUCUAACCUCAGGAAUGUUCUCAAAAAAGCCUCAUGGAGACGUUAAAAAAUCGACACAGAAAGUGUUGGACCCAAAGAAAGAUGUGUUGACAAGACUCAAACAUCUCAGAAUCGUCAUAGAAAAUUCUGAGGCAGCAGAUCUAAAGCAGUUCUUCGACUUGUACUAUUCCCAUAUCUAUUAUGUCUUCUUUGAAAACUUUGUCACCAUUGAGAUCAGCCUCAAACAAAAAGGUCAUAAGUCUCAGAGGGAGGAGCUGGACUCGAUCCUUUUCAUCUUUGAGAAAAUCCUCCAGCUCCUACCAGAGAGAAUCCAAAGCAGGUGGCAGUUCCACAGCAUUGGGCUUAUCCUCAAGAAGCUGUUGCAUACUGGGAACUCUCUAAAGAUCCGCCGUGAGGGUGUGCGAUUGUUCUUGUUGUGGAUGCAGGCACUGCAGAGCAAUGCUGAGCACGAGCAGCUCUGCAUGUUUGCUUGUUUGAUUCCUGGCUUCCCGGCUCCACUCUUCCAUGGGAUCCCACGCACAUUGGAAACGCUGAUCAACCCACCCCUCAGUUUGACAGAGACUCAGGUGACUCCAGAAGAAAUCACACCAUUAGUUGCUCCCCAAUCUGGUGAUAAAAACCAGGAGGAUCUUACUGCAUACUUCCUGGAAGCUCUACUAAAAUACAUGGUAAACCAGGCCAAAUCUCUGGAGUGGCGGUGCAAAGAGAACCAUGAACGUGGCUUCAGCUUCCUCUUUGAUCACUUCAGGAAGUUUUAUCUUCCUCACAUAUUCCCCAACUUCGCCAUGGAAACGAGCCUUUACAAUCCCAUGUUGGAUGUGCCUCCAAUGCGUCCCAAGCCAUCCUACAGUUUGGUGCGCAGAGAGCAGGAUGGUGGGGAAAUGCUCUACUGUAACAAGGAGAGUUUCCUUCAGGCCCGAGUCAUCUUUAUUCGCUGGCUAGUUUCCUUUUGGUUGGAACCACGACCCAACACACAAGCACACAUCCCAGGAACAGAGGGGGAAAGUGUCCCAAAGAACAUACAGAGAGCAGCAGCUGGAAUGGCUGCACGCUCCGCGGGCAACUCUGAUGACAGCGUUGGGGGAGGCUUGCGUUGCGACAGUCACCUGGAAGCCAGCGGAGGCUCCUCAGGGCCAGCAGGAGCGAGCAUGGGGAUCUGUGGCGGUCUCGAUGCUCCAGGAGAACCCGAACAGAGCCACUCCAACACCUCAACACUGACCGAACGAGAGCCCAGCUCCUCCUCACUGUGCUCAAUGGACGAAGAGCAGCUGACAGACAUGGAAGUUGUUCGGAGAGUACUGACCAGCUGCAGAACUAAUGUCAACUUCAUCACAGAAAUCUUUAGACAGGCUUUUCUCCUCCCCAUGUGUGAAGCAGCUGCAAUGCGAAAAGUGGUUCGUGUUUAUCAAGAAUGGAUCUCCAUGGAGGACAAGCCUGUGUUCAUGAAAGAAUCCGAAGAAGGCCCAUACCCCGUACCUGCCCCUUGUAAUCUAGAGACUGGCUCACAGCCGGGAGAAAAAGAAGAUGAGGGAAUGGACAAAGAUAUUGACAGAGAAUUACUUGAGUACAGUGUUCAUGCUGGCAUUCAGACUACACUCCAGGUUUUUAUCACCCACUCCUCCAACGUUUUCCUCCUGGAACCUGCCAAUGACAUCAAGAUCCUUUUAGAGGAGCAUGUGGACAUGUGCAAGCGAGUCCUGAACAUCUACCGCAGCCUUGUCAUGCAUGAAACAAUGGACCAGAAAACUUGGGAGCAGAUCUUACUAGUUCUGCUGAGGGUGACAGAAUCUGUGAUGAAAAGACCACCGUCCAUCAUGCCUCUGGGCAAAAAGAUUAACAACACGCUUUCAGGCAGACUUGCUGGACCGGUCUUCCAGACACUGAUAGUAGCUUGGAUUAAGGCAAACCUGAAUGUCUACAUAAGCAGAGAGCUGUGGGACGACCUCCUGUCUGUGCUCUCCUCUCUGACCUUCUGGGAGGAGCUGGUAACUGAGUGGUCACUCACCAUGGAAACUCUCACAAAGGUCUUGGCAAGAAAUUUGUACAGUGUUGAUCUGAAUGAGCUGCCCCUGGACAAACUCAGCGAACAGAAACAGAAGAAACACAAAGGCAAAGCUAUCGGUUCAGAGGGCCUGCGGCAAGUAGUGGACCGUUCCUUUUCCAAAGGCUGGAGCAGAGACCAGUCAGGUCAGGCAGCAGCAAUGAGGCAGCGAAGUGCCACCACUGCUGGUUCUCCGGGCAUUGAAAAAGCGAGGAGUAUUGUUCGCCAAAAGACUGUAGCCCUGCGUAGCUGCUCUACAGGCGACUCUCUGAUCUCUUCAGCCUUUAUCCGCAGUGCUAAGAGUGCUCCUGCUCUGGCUCCGCCUCUUCCUGUCCUCCUUCACCAACACCACCCUUUUCUACCCCCCCUUGCUGACCAUCUGGCAGACCUUGAGGAUCCGCCAAUCACCCUGACGUCCCGUAUCUCUAGAAUUCGCCAUUCGUCUCAGAGUGAUGAAGCCCCUCCCACUUCCUGCUCUGAGGUCUUCCAAGGAGGGGCUUGUGACCUAGAUCCUCCAGCCCCAUCUUCCCUCGCACGUAGCAGUAGUGCCUCUGACAUCAUGGAGCCCUUCAUCGCAGAGCGGGUCAAAGCCAACAAAGAGGAAGUGGUCCCCAAGGCCCGACCGGUAUCCAGUGAUGUGGGAAGCAGCAACCCCAACUUCUCUGAUCUCAUGGAUGAGUUUAUUCAGGAGAGACUAAGGGCCAGGGGAACAGUGGGUCGUCGUGGCAGCAGCCCUGGAAGUCUGGAGGUUCCCAGAGACCUGCCAGAGCUCCUGGAAGCUGGCCAGACAUCCAAGUCACGGCCCUCGGAUGAUCUCCGGCCUGCUGAUGAUCCCGGGGUUCCCUCUGAGUGGACUUCACCUGCAAGUGCCAGUGGAUCUGAUGGUGUCAGCUCAGACAGCCAGCCGGACUCCUUUAAUGCCUUUCAAUAUGCAACCUGCAAGUUUGACAGUUUUACUUUUAGUUCAGAUGCAUGUGGAGUUGGAUCUGGAGAAGUUGGAGAAGGCGGUCGGGGCAGCUCAUUGGACCAGGACAGUCUGGGUGGGGGUGUUGCCAGCGAUGAGCAUGAAGUAGCCAGUUUAACCACUCUUCACAUCGACUCAGAGAAUAGUAGCCUCAGCCACACUGUCACUGUUACUGGUUCUGAGAGUGCCUCACCAAUGCACUCACUUGGGGGCUCUCGCUCCCAGACACCCUCCCCUGCCACGCUGACAGCAGAACACACUGAUCACACACACUUACAGCUGGAUCAGAAACUUCACAACUCUGUCCUGCAGACCCCAGAUGACCUAGAAACAAAUGACUUCCCCAGUGAAGACUGCAGUGUAAUGGCUGGUGGUUCUCUAACUGGAUGGCACGCAGAUGUUGCCACAGUGAUGUGGCGGAGGAUGCUUGGUAUCCUGGGGGAUGUCAACAGCAUCAAGGACCCUGAGAUCCACGCUCAAGUCUUUGAUUACUUAUGUGAACUUUGGCAAAACCUAGCCAAGAUCAGGGAUAAUUUGGGCAUUUCUUUAGACAAUCAGUCUUCACCACCGCCGCCUGUUCUGAUCCCUCCACUAAGAAUCCUCACCCCCUGGCUCUUUAAGGCAACCAUGCUGACAGAGCGUUACAAGCAGGGUAAACUUCAUGCCUACAAGCUGAUCUGUAGAAUCAUGAAGAGGCGACAAGAUGUUUCCCCAAACACAGACUUUCUCACACACUUCUACAACAUCAUGCAUCAAGGACUACUGCACCAAGACCAGGAUAUUGUGAACACCAUCAUCAAGCAUUGCAGUCCCAGGUUCUUCAGUAUCGGACUCCCUGGAGCCACCAUGCUCAUCCUGGAUUUCAUCAUUGCAGCCUCCAGAGUCACCGCCUGCUCCUCACUUAACGCCCCGAGAGUGGAGGCACAGAUACUUCUGGGGUCAUUGGUGUGCUUUCCCAACUUGUAUGAAGAACUUCCUGCUCUUCACCCUACCACUGCUGACGUGGUCCUCACCAAGUUCCCUGAUGUCAAGGAGCACAUUAUUAAAACUAUUCUGACUGCUGCCAAGGAUGAACCCUCCGCUCCUGCAAGGUGUGUUGCUCUGUGCAGUCUGGGAAUCUGGCUCUGUGAGGAGCUGGCUCAUGGAACUCUGCAUCCGCAGAUUAAAGAUGCUCUCAAUGUCAUCUGUGUAACCCUAAAAUACCCCAACAAGAAUGUGGCCCUGGUGGCAUCUGACAUCCUUCACCUGCUGAUCAGUUAUGUGGAUCAUCUUGAGAAAUUCCCCACCUACACUCCAAAGAAGAUUGUGGAGAUUCUGAUUGCCACCAUCACUUACUUGCUGCCCAGCACUGAUUCUUCUCCUCAUGAACUGGAUAAAAGGCUGGUAGUUUCUCUGCUUUUGUGUUUGAUGGAUUGGGUGAUGGCUCUGCCACCAAAGACUCUUCUCCAGCCAGUUCAAACUCAAAGUCCCUCUGACAAGGACCAGCCCACAAAGUCCCUGCUCAACUGUAUUUACAAGGUGCUUCAUGGUUGUGUUUAUGGAGCCCAGUCUUUCAGCAACCCGAAGUAUUUUCCCCUGCAACUGUCAGACCUCUCCGGUCCUGAUUAUGACCCAUUCCUGCCAUUGGAGAGUCUCAGGGAACCAGAACCUCUGCACAGUCCGGACUCAGAGCGCUCCAGCAAACUGCAGCCGGUCGCUGAAGUUCGGAGUCGUAUUCAGCAGGGCCUGGUUUCCAUAGCAGCCAGAACAGUGAUUACUCACCUGGUCAAUCAUCUAGGACAUUAUCCCAUGUCUGGAGGGCCUGCAACUCUUUCCAGUCAGGUGUGUGAAAACCAAGACAACCCUUUCUGUGAGAGCACCGACCUCGGACCAGAACUUUUUCAUUCACCAAACCUGCAGUUCCUUGUUUUUAACGGCUCCACUCUGCUCUCAGUGCUCCAGAUCCGAUCAGAGUCUGAUAUUCCCGGAGGUGGAAUGACAGCUGGUUUGUCGUCCGCCUCUGCAUGCGUUCGCGUCAUCAUCAGAGAUGUAGCAGGAAAGCACUCCUGGGACUCUGCUGUUUUGUACGGGCCUCCAUCAUGCUCCACAAACAGCCCGGCACACUCUGUGUUGACUCAUUUACAGUCCCCUAACAACAAAGACCUACAUGUACCAAGCCCAACAGGAGGUCCACCAAACGAUGUAGGAGUAAGAACAGAAGAUGGUGAUGAUGAAGGCCAAGAGGAGGGGUGCAUGGAAGAGGAAAGGAGUGAGAGUGACACGCCAGACCUUCAGGGGGAAAGGGAUGGAGAAGGGAUGAAAGCCAGCGGGGAUAAAGAGGAGCAAAGAGAAUAUGAAGAUUUUGGGGAAACAGAAAGAGGUCUGGUGGAGGAGAAGAAGAACGAGCAGCAACUGAAAGAGGAACCAGGCUCUGAACAUCUACUAGCGCCACCGCAGGCUAAACGUGUGUGUCGGGAGGUGGUGCCAGCGUGGGAUUCACUGAGAGAAGGAGACGAUGCGCUGGAUGAAAUGUUGCAGUACUUGGGAUAUUCCAGUCCUGAGUGUCUGCAAAGAGCAGGAAUGCCACUCAACAUCCCAGCUGCUCCUCCCACGUGUGUCACAGAGAAGCAGGAGAACGAUGUUAUCAAUGCCAUCCUCAAACAGAGUGCUGCUGAGAGAGAAUUUGUUCUUCAUAGGGGCGAGGAGCUGAACAUGAGAGCCGUACAGCAAAGCGAACCAGAGACUCAGACACCGCAGUCCGCCUUCUACUACUGCAGACUGAUGAUCAACAUCCUCGGACUCAACUCCUGGGAGAAAAGGAGUAAUUUUCAUUUGUUGAAGAAGAAUGAGAAGUUACUAAGAGAGCUGAAGAACCUGGACUCACGGCAGUGCCGUGAAACCCAUAAAAUUGCUGUAUUUUACGUAGCUGAGGGUCAAGAAGAUAAACACUCCAUAUUAACAAACACUGCUGGCAGCCAGGCUUAUGAAGACUUUGUGUCAGGACUUGGCUGGGAGGUGGACCUCACAACUCACUGUGGCUUCAUGGGGGGCCUUCAGAGAAACCGUAGUACAGGCCAGACAACCCCAUACUACGCCACAUCCACCACUGAAGUAAUUUACCAUGUGUCAACUCGUAUGCCUCACGACCAGGACCAGAACCUUACUAAGAAGCUUCGACACCUUGGCAACGAUGAAGUCCACAUCAUUUGGUCGGAACAUUCCAGAGACUACCGUCAAGGGAUUAUCCCCACCGAAUUUGGAGAUGUGUUAAUCAUCAUCUACCCCAUGAAGAACCACAUGUAUUCCAUCCAUAUACUCAAAAAACCUGAGGUGCCCUUCUUUGGUCCGCUUUUUGAUGGUGCCAUUGUGGACAUGAAGAUUUUACCCACCAUGGUCAGAGCCACCGCAAUCAAUGCCAGUCGAGCUCUGAAAUCCCUCAUCCCACUCUACCAGAAUUUUUAUGAGGAGCGAGCUCGCUACCUGGAAACCAUAGUGCAGCACCACCAGGAGCAAACUACAUUCGAGGAUUACGCCGCUCGGGUGUAUAGUCCAGCUCCCUGCUCUCACUUACCCUCAGAUGCAGGCUCCUGCCUAGAGAUUCUUCGGGGAGAAAGUCCGGCUCUUGGGGAUGCCGGGAGCGACUCAGCGUCCCCCAUUUCUCCUCGGACUAGCAAAAGCCGCAUGUCGAUGAAGCUGCGACGGUCGUCUGGAUCUGCCAACAAGACCUAAGCUUCACACACCGUCCAUGCUCCAUAUUCAUCAAAUUGACACAGGUUAAAAAUAAAUGAAAAUAAUUCAGAUUUUUCUAAAGGUGAAAAAGUGAUUGGCUUCAUCAUUAUAACCAUCUAAAGUGUUACUAAGCUUCGUUCAUAUCCUUUAUCGCUACUGUUACACUGUCAGAUACACAAGUUACUGUAUUUUAGAGCUGCAGCUUUGCUUAAAGAACAGCCACAGUAGAGGCAGCAUGCUGGAAAUGCCUCCAUAGGAAAGCUGGACACAUUGAAGCAGUGCAGUAUUAGUUUAAUGAACCUUGUGCCAUGUGA